AAAUCAACCGAUUAUUUCGUUCAUUACGUAUGCUGGCAGUGCGGGUUGUGCAACUCCAUUGCUGGCGAAAAUCCUUUAUAUCUUUUACCGGAAAAUUCAUCGCACUACCUUUUCUCUGUAUUAGAAGUGAAGGAGAUUUAUUUGAACGACUUUGAGUCACCAUGUUGAGGGCACCAGCAUCAAGAGCAUGGACGGCAACCAGGCAGUUGCUGCAGCCCACAUCCUCUCGGAUGCUCUCUACGACCUCUCCUGUUUCAGAGAAGAUCGAGGUCUUUGUCGAUGAUCAGAGUGUGAUGGUAGAACCCGGAACCACGGUGCUUCAGGCCUGUGCCGAGGUUGGAGUUGAAAUUCCAAGAUUCUGCUAUCAUGAAAGGUUAUCUGUUGCUGGAAACUGUCGCAUGUGUCUUGUAGAAGUGGAAAAAUCAGCUAAGCCUGUUGCUGCGUGUGCAAUGCCAGUCAUGAAGGGAUGGCGUAUCAAGACAGACUCUGAACUGACCAGGAAAGCCAGGGAAGGUGUGAUGGAGUUCCUCCUUGUCAACCAUCCCCUGGACUGCCCCAUCUGUGAUCAAGGAGGAGAGUGUGAUCUACAGGACCAGUCCAUGGCCUUUGGUAGCGACAGGAGUCGUUUUGUAGACAACCAAUUCUCAGGGAAGAGGGCCGUGGAAGAUAAGAAUGUAGGACCGCUCAUCAAGACCAUAAUGACUCGAUGUAUUCCAAUAAUAUGAAUGUUUUUUCAUCUUGAUCCCUUGAAUCUUUAGGACCAGUCCAUGGCCUUUGGUAGCGACAGGAGUCGUUUUGUAGACAACCAAUUCUCGGGGAAGAGGGCGGUGGAAGAUAAGAAUGUAGGACCGCUCAUCAAGACCAUAAUGACUCGAU